GUUGCGUUUGAGCUGCGAGCGUGGUUUGUCGCCUGAUCUCCGCUCUCUGCGCGUCUGAUAAUCCGCUCCAGGUCCGAAUCCGCGACGGCGUCUUUGUGUUCCGAGUGUGUGGCUGCGGUGCCUUGUUUAUGUUAAUCGGAUAUUUAUAUAUACAGGCGAAAUACUGCAGAAGUAGCAAUAAAUUCAGCAAAUUAAUCGGAGCUCGGUUUUAGAAGCGUGGGACCCGCGAGCUGAAGGCAGUGGAAAAAUGAGUGUGCAGCAUAAGUGAUCGCUGGAAGUGGAAGUUAAAGGGUCAAACCGGUUUUCGGACAACAUGGAGUUGCCACCAGCAGCAGCAGCAGCAACAACAAACGCGUCGGCAUCCUUGCAACGUGUCGCCUCGGAAUCCAGUCUCGAUCGGGAGCGGGAACGGGAUCGGGAGCAAGCAGCUGCUCCGCCUGGGCAACUGAUGGGUCACCACUACCAUUACAUUCAAUAUCCGGCGCAUUUCCAGCCACAACAACUUCAGGAGCAGCCAGCCCAGCCCCAGCUGCCCUGCCAGUGUCCCUGUUCCUGCGGCAGGGCGCCUCCACCGCCUGUGCAGCCCACUAAUCCCGGCCAGAAUGCUUCGAUGGCCGUGGCCGUGCUGGUUCACCAACAGACGCCCAGUCAGCAGGACCCGGCGCGGAGUUCACCGCUCAAGGCACAGUCCGCUCAGUCCCUGCUCAAUCACUCCUACCAGGCGCUCCACGAGGACCAGCAUCAGCAGCAGGAGCAGCUCCAACUGGACUCCUCAGCCGGAGCCGGCAGCUGCGACUGCGAUCUGGAGUGCACCUGCCCGGCCACCGGAGGAAACUCCUCCCUGGCCCAGCACAAGAGGAGCCUGCUGGCGGACGCCAUGCUGGGAGCAGACGAGAUCACCGUCAGUGAGUCAGACAACAACAGCACCAUGAUCAAGAAAAAGAAACCACGAUCCGGCGGAGGAGCAGGACAACUUCCGCCGAAAACGCAACCCACGAAUGACAGCUGCAACGACAUCUACCACGACACGGAGCUGGACGGAGCAGUAGGAACUGGGGCAGUUGGAUCUCCUGGCUCGGGGAUCAAGUCCCAGAUCCUCGACGAUAAUCAUCGCCCUCCUCUGCCGCCACGCCCACCGCCCAGGCCCAGGAGCAAUGCCAAUGGCUCCAUAGCCCAUCGCCAUGGCGCGGGGAUCAAGAAGUACGUGGUCUGGUGCCUCAUCUGCGGCGGAUUCAGCUGCCUGCUGGGCGUGCUCUUCUUGGGCGUCUACUUCCUGCUGCACUCCUACACCAUCACGGUGGGUAACUUCGAGACGGUGCCCACCUUUGUGCCCGCCACCCUGCUCAUCCUCACUGGAAUCUGCAUCAUGAGCCUGGCCAGGCGUCGGAAUCGCUAUAGCUACCUGAUAAAGCUGUCCGGAGCCUGUGGCCUGGUCUCCGCCUUAACCUGCGCUCUGGUCACAGUGACCACCACUGUGCUCCACAUGAGUCGCCUGCAGGCCUUGAGGGAAUGCGAGUAUGCUCAAAAGACGCGGACGUGCACCUGCUACUCGGACCUCAUCGAAUCGCAGGUGGACCGAGUGGAUAAGGAAGGAGUGCGCCUUGUGUUUGACUCCCUUUCGGACUGCGGCGUUGUCCACGGAUCCCUGUACUCCUGCCUGAGAGCCAUCUUCGGCCUGUCCGUGGCUGGAGUUCUCAUCGCCGUCUUCAGCUGCAUGCUGGUGUACCAGCUCCUCAGCCACGAGCGCAAGAAGAUGUACUGGGAGCAGCUGGAGCUGCGCUGCAGAUCCCUGUACGCCAGUCAGGCUCCUCCUCCGGCCUUGGGUCCUGGCCGGAUGUUGAACUGCAGGUGCUGCGAGCAGUGCCACGCCCACAGGCAGCUGACGCUGCCUCUGCAGGCCACCGCCUACCCGUGGGAUGAGGCCACGGUUGCCGCUGCAGCAGCAGCCGCCGGAGGAGGUGGCGGAGAGCAGCGUUUCUGGGCCGCCCAGCCGCCGGGUAACUUCUACUCGCCGAAUCCAGGUGGCGAGGAUGCGGUGGGCAGCUGCAGGAGUGGAGAACGGGCAGGAGCGGCAGGACGCAGCAGUAGCGGGUGGAGCUGGCCUCGGAUGCCUUGGCAACGUACCACUCCGGACGCCGGACGUCGAUUUCGCCAAGCUGCUGCCAGUCCGGAUUCACAGUACGGAUUCAGUUCGUCCACGGCGGUCCAGGGAGAUGGUAACCAGAUGCUGAUCGAGGAGCCCGUAGUGGCGGCCUACAGUGGAAUGCCCCCGCCCAAUGCCCUGCCCUACGGAGUUUGGGGACCUCCGCCGCCCUACAGCGAUCCCAACAGUCCGGCCAGACGUGGCUACUACCAGUAUCUGCAGCCAACCGCGUGUCUGGUGGGGAAUCAGGGCACUGUCGCCGUGACGCUGACCCAGGAGCAGAUGCAUCCGACCCUGCAACACCCGCAUCCCCAGCAGCAGCAGCAAUUGCAGCAGAUGCAGCUGCAGCGGCUCCAGGUGCAGUCCGCCACCUUGGAGCGGAUGGAUGGCCUUAGCAGCGCCGGUAAUGUGAGUACUCUAGUGGCCGCCACUCGCUCCUCCGCCUACAAAUCAAAGGCCGAGUACGAGAACACGCCGUCUGACAGUGAUGGGGGAAAUCCCCGGGAGAGGGAACGCUGCUCCAACACGCUGCCCACGCGGAAGCUAAAGAAGCGCUUGGAGGCGGGCACCGGAGCCAAGAGCAUCGGUCCGCAGAGUAAUCCUGGCCAGCAGCGACCCAAUGUCCAGCAGCUGUUCGCCAAACAGGAUCAACAGCAGUCGACGGGCCAGGCAAAUCCUCAGCAGGCGCAGCCCCAGACGGCCGGGGUGGAGAACAGUGGCUACCAGGACUCGAACGGAGCCAUAGCCAAGGAUCAGGCGGUGGGAACGGAUCCGGCCGAGUCCGAGGUGUAUUUCGCCGACGUGAGUAGUUGCUGCAACAUGUCUGUGAAGAACGACAGCUACUACGACAACGCCCAGCGCCACCAGGGACACCACCAUCAUCACCAGCACCAGCACAGUAAUUGCAGCCACAGCAGCGGGCAGAGCAACGCCAACGAGGACUACCUGGCCCAGCGCUUCGGUCGCGGCAGGGAGCACUCCGUCCGGAGCCGUCUGCCCAUUCCGCAGACGAGGCGGGAGGACGACUACGAGAGCUCCAACCUAAACAUGCCCACGCUGAAGGAGCAGCAACAGCAGGCGCAACAGCUGCAGAAGGAGAUCUCCCGCCACAGCAUGUGUUCGGUGGAGUCGGAGGCCAAGACCGAGUUCACCGACCUCUCGCCCUCCACACCCUGCGGUGGCAAUCUACCGCUGCCGCCGCCGGCGAACUUCGCCAGUGAUCCGCCGACGGGCCAGCAGUCGCCCAGCUUUGUGGCCUCGUUUCCCUACUCCUCGGAGUCGCAGUGCCUGGAGGCGCAUCGCCGCUCCACGAAGAACAUCCACGAGCUGCUGAUCGCCGGAGUGGGCGGAUCCUCGGCUGGCGGCGGCGAUUCCCACUACGAGGUGAUCAACGACCGAGGCAAUCCCUACCAGCUGCAGCGAUCGCAGCAGGCCAAGCACAAGGCCAAGUCCAAGACGCGAUCGCGGGAGCAGUUGGACAUCUACGGCAGCGGAGCUGAGCGAUCCGACUGGUCCUCGGAUGGGGGUCGCUUGUGAGGCUCCGACGACCAGGAAGUAUUCGUCUAGCAGCGGUUUCACCCCAUUAUAUUCUCCAAGGAUGUGGAUCUGUUCCGGUACCAGUGGUGGGACUCUCCAGAUCCCAUAUCUUCUAUAUCACUCGUACAUCCAGGACGGAGCUGGAUACCUCUCAUCACUGCCUGUAGAACCACCUUUGGUUUAGAAUCGUCGCACUUGUAAUGUUUGCCAUCCAAAAACGGAACUCUAUUCCAUUAUAUGUCCUAUCCCCCAACUAUCGAAGGUCCUCGGGGCUGCACACCUUGCUUUAACUACUUUACGCGUAUCCUUUGCAUAGUUUACUUAGUGCAUAUAUUACUUAUCACAUAUGGUAGCAUUGAAUUGAAUGUUGACAACUUGUAGCAAUGAUAAUCUAUGGAUAUUAUAUACAAAUUAUGUUAUAUUUACCUGCGUAUUUACAUAGUUGCGUAUACACACACCCAUAUACACAUACAAAUAUAUGACUAGUUAGUUAAA